GCCAGACUUCCUACUUUAGUCUUUACUGGACCGGAGCAGCAGAUUGUCACAACUUAUCAACAGCUGCGACAAUAGCAAUGUUUUCUACUAGAUUUUUAGUAUUACAAGUGCUGUUGGCCGGCUGUGCCCUUGCGGUGAUUCACGACUGCAAUAACUUCCACAACGGUGUGUACAAUCUUCGCUACUGUGAUUUCAGCAAUGUCUUUGUCACGCACGACGCAGAGGACAUCGUUUUCCGUUCUGAAUACCCCAGACCGUAUUACUUCGAAUUCAAUGAUUCGAAGCUGACAGAAAUCCCUAGAAUUCUGUUCUCAUCGUUCCCGGAAAUGCAAAACCUCGAAGUAGCAAAAAGCCAGGUUGAGAACAUCAAUAAAUACACGUUCGAGCAUGCAAAAGAUCUACGCUAUCUGAACCUAUCCAGCAAUCAGCUGACAGUUCUGAACAAUUUCGUAUUCAAAGGUUGCGACAAAUUGGUCCGAUUGGAUAUUUCCAAUAACCGGAUUAGCGAAAUCAAACCAAACGCACUAGGUGAUGCCUCAAAGCUGGACCAUUUGGAUUUAUCCAGCAACCUGCUGGAAGUUUUGGACGAAAACCUAUUCUCCAAGCUUAUUCUGCUAUCUUAUCUGUCCCUGGCAAACAACAAACUAAAAGUAUUACCCGAUCACCUUCUAGACAACUGCACAUUACUAGCGCAUCUGGAUCUUAAAGACAAUCAACUGCAAACUCUGCCCGAGAAUUUUUCAAAAAACAUGAUCUAUCUUCGAACACUCAACGUCGACAGCAACAGGCUAACGUCGUUGACUAUCCCGCAGCAGUUGACAAAGUUAUUCGCCUCGAAAAAUCGCCUUUCAUCGGUUUACGCCGUAGAACCGGAUAAGUCCCAGCUCUAUACACUCAGUCUUUCCAAAAACCAGAUUGCCGGCAUCACCAACAUCACGAUGCUGGAAUCUUUAGGUGUAUUGGAUGUUUCGUUCAAUCCCGUGGGUGCUCUGAAUCUAACAGCGUUUUUGAAAUUGAGAAAAUUAGUGGACUUGAAUCUGGAGGCUACGCAGCUUACCCGACUGGAAUACGGUCUCUUUACUCAACAAACGAAGCUGCGUCGGCUUGAUAUUUCCUACAAUUUUAUGCGCAAGAUCGAUCUCACCGUGCUAACUUCUACGCCUUCUUUGGAAAAGCUCUUCGUGGACGGGAAUGGUUUGCUGGAAAUUAACUAUGAACUUGUACCGAAACUGUUUCCAAAUCUCACCUAUCUGGGACUGUUUGCCAACGCGUGGAACUGCUCCUAUUUGGCUGGUUUAGUAAGGUUUUGUAAUAACAAAGGUAUCGAAGUGAGUUCGACAAAGACGUACGGCGAGAUGCUCCACAUGACGAAUGUUCAGGGGAUUUACUGCGCCGGCUCGGACAGCGAUCGGGUUUACUUUCAGCCUAGUACUGCCAUUCGGCAUGAUGAUGAUAAUCUGAAUCAGGACAAAGAUGUACAGCUGGAGUUGAUUGUUGGUAACAUCAGUUCGACCGAAUUUGAAUAUAAAUUGAUGGUGGAGUUACUGGAGAUGAUUCGAACGGUGAACGCGACCAACAGCGGCCGGUUGGAGGAAGUGCGUCGAAUUGCGAUGGGCUCCGAGCGGGGGUGUACCCCAAUCCAUGCAACCGGUUACCAAGUGUUUAUUAUGCUCAUUCUAACCUUUAUUUUGGUGAUCAAUGUGGGAUUUUUACUGUACGUGCACUACAACGCCAACGCAAGGCGUACCAUCGAUCAGAUGAUAAUUUUCCGACGGGGAGAAACGGCCUCGGUUCAAACUCAGCUGGAAGAGUUCUAAGUUUGCGGUGUAGUGUACAUGAGAGUAAGAGAAAUGCUUCAAAUUAAAGAGAUACGUGUAUUUUGCGUCUUGAAAAAAAAAAUAAGCAAUCGCUCUUAUAGUUAAUCACUUCUUUUUUUAAGAAAAUCCAAAAAAAUAGUAAACGAAAACUUGGAUCUCAUGAAGAAGAAAUACAAUACUAAUACUGAAAACAAUUUAUAUAGUCGUAUAUAUUUGAUUUAUAGUACUUGCUUGGUGUUUGAAUAAUUAUGAAAAAAAAACACAUCAGCUAUGGAAUGGGGUGAAAGCAAACAUUUUUUCAUAAUAUUUUCCAAAUAACUCACUUCAAGAUUAUUUAUUCCCAAAUUCGAAACGAGUAAUGGUAUGUUCCCAAGAAAACCCCUAUGGCUAUAAACAAAAUUUCUAUCGUUUAUGAAAUAAAUCUAAGAAUACUUAAACGUCCUCUGAGAGAAAUCGGGGUGUAAUUGAUCACCCAUGAAAUCCAUGCAUUAUAUUUGAAAUGUGUUAGAUAUGUACAUGAGAAAUGAUAGCUUUUUGAACUAACGAAUUUCAGUCAAAGCUACCUUAGAAACAAAAAUUACAAAAUUCCAGAUUAAUAUAUAUGUUCAUUUUAACUCACGCGAUGAAACAUUUUUAUUUUGCUCUGAUUUGAUCAUCGUUUCUCCGAUUUCAAUUCGGUUUGUUGCCAAAUAUCAAAAAUUAGCUCUGUAACUAGUUUUUCUGGUUAUUUCUGCUCGAUCCGAAUCAGUGACUAGAUCUCGCAAUGAAAUUAACCGCGGUUCUGAACGCAAUUUGUCCCGAUUUCGACCAAGAGACGAACUAAUAAAAAUUAGGCCUUCAUCUGAUUUCGAAAUUAUUGCUUCAGUUAGAGGACAUAAAGGACAUUAUCUUUUUAUUUAAUUGUUUUGUGUGCCCUAAAAAUUCCUCUGAAGCAGGUAUUAGACAAAGCAAAUAUUUGCUAUUUUUGGUACGGAUUUUAUUUUGUGCAAAUAAAAUUGGUACUAAAAAUAGCAAAUGUUUGCUUCGUCUAAUACCUGCUUAAGCAAUACUUUCGUGUAAAAUGCAACUAACAAAAGUUAAGUACAAAGAACUAACUUUUAAAUAAGUAAGAUACUUUAUUACUUUGUACCAAAAGAAGAUAGGGUUUUUAUUUGAUUUGUUCAACAAAUUUUCAUAUUUUUGAAUCUUCCACAACUCUGCUGAAUAAACUACA